AUGAUGGUUCUCGUUCUUCCCGUACUGCUUGCAGUAACUCAUGCAUUCGUUCCAAUCGAUCUGAAUUCCCAAACUCUUACCGGAAAGGCUCUUGUCGACUAUGUCAACUCUGUCCAAUCCCUGUUCACCGUUGAACACAUAGAUGUUUCCAAGCAAUUCAUGAAGUCCCGUGUGAUGGAUGUUAAAUACGCUGAUCCUCACCCCGGUGAUAUCCCUUCUGCCAAGCUCAACAUUGUUCUUGCCAAGAAGAUCCCGGAUACUUUCGAUGCUCGUCAAUAA